AUGAGAGGUGAAACGUCUUCAAGCAACUUAAAGGAGUCCAGACGCUUUUCUUUGCAAGCUCCUUUGACUACGAUGACCUGGAUGACAGAACCUUCACAGAGACACUACAAUACGAAAGAACAGAGAAAAGCCUAACAAUCAUGUAACUCCCUAUGAGCAAGCGCUUAGGUGACAGUGGGAAGGAAAAACUCCCUUUUAACAGGAAGAAACCUUUGACAAAUCCAGGCUCAGGUAGGAGCGGUCAUCUGCCACGACUGGUUGGGGAUGAGGAAUUUGUAUGCAAACUCUUGGUCUUUGUCAUCACUGUCAUGGACAUUGUUUGAACCAAGCCUUGAGGAACAUGAAUGUAAAAAAGUCUUAUGUGUAAUCCAUAAAAUGCUGUUGCUUUUAGCCUUUUUGCUGAUGCUGAUUAUGCUGAUGUUGGAAUAUUUUUCUGCCAGAUUCUCUACUGAUGAAGGACAGUGCUGGAAUGAGUACAACUUCACCAAAGAUCCCAUCUUCUUUACUGGGCUUGCAUCAGAGCCAGGAGCACGUUCUAUGAAUGUUAGUAUCUGGGGCUACAGAGACUCUUACCUCAGCCAGUAUUGGACCUCGUUUACCAUUGACUUCAAAGAACUUCUUACUAGAACAUGUGGAGACGAUGACUAUGUGCAGUGGUUGGCCCACUCUGAUGAUAUCAGUGAUCCCAAUGAUGGUUGCUUGCUGGGCUACAAAGAGAAGUUCUUGCGUCUAAGGAAGGACUCUGUUUGCUGGAACGGGCGCGAUUACAUAAUCAACACCCAGCCAACCCCGUGUUUAUGCACCCUGGAUGACUUCAUGUGUGACUUUGGGUACUACCGUAAAGAGAACAGCUCGGAGUGUGUGGAGCAGCCGGACCUGAGAGACAAAGUGUUGGAGUUCUGUCUGCAGGGCAAAGAGGAGCAGUUGCAGACUAGUGGCUACAGGAAAAUCCCUGGGGAUAAAUGUGAAGGAGGAGAGGUGCAUAUGCGUAAAGAGAUCGACCUCAGCAAGAGAUGUGUGAGUGACCUAGUCGGCCCGGAACUUCUGGUGGACAAUAAGGCCUCCAAGUCUGUGCCCGUUGUGAUAACAGUUGUCAUAGUCCUGAUUCUGAGUAUUGCAGUAGGAGUAGUCUUUGUCAAGAAAUAUGUCUGCGGUGGCAGGUUCUUGGUUCACAGGUACUCUGUGCUACAGCAGCAUGUUGAGGCCAAUGCUGCUGAUGGGAUAGACGAACCGCUGGAGACCAACCACACUCAAAAUGGCAAAAUAGAGUUUCAUGAUGACUCAGAUGAGGAUCUGCUUGAAUAGCAGGCACAACCUGUCAAGCAACUGAGCAACAGGUUUCUUACAGGGCCCCGCGACCUGCCGCUGUUCCUGCCGCUCUUUUUGUCUCCAGAUACUUUCCUUUUCACCUUUUAGUAUAAACUUUGGCCUUGGCUACAGAUGAAGAAUCUGUCCUUCUGCUGUCAUUGGUUCAGCCUGAUGAAUGUACAGAGGCUCUCUGAGACUAAUGCCACAGUUGAGGAGCAUUACAACGAAGGUCUUACUGUGUUUUGCUUCAGUUAUUGAUUCUGUUGAGUGAGUUUGAAUCCCAAAGUUAUUUAUUUUUAGGAGAUAAAGAAAUUAUGCCGUAAUCUAAAGCUGGUUGUAUAAAUCCAUCGCCACCGCAUUACGGGUUCUCCCUCUCUAUCACCUUGGAGUGCACCUGGAAAUGUUUCACACUUCUUUUCUCAUGCACUUGUACAUAAACCUGUUUUUCUUUGCCAUUUUUUGAUGUGGUAUCAGUUUGGUAAGUGUUUAAAAAAACAAAACAAAAAGGUUGUUGAAUGGUUGGUAAUUCUUUUGGAACACUUGACUCUUAACCUAGUUUUAACAAACUAUUUGUUUGUCAAAAACUGUCCUUCAAUAUUGAGGGCUUUAUAAAUUUGGGGUCUUAAGCCUGACCAAAAUGUAAAAUCUUGUAUUUGGAAUACCAGCGUCCAAAUGUUUGGCACACGUCUUCUUUAAAGUAAUAAGGAAUGUGGAAAUUUCCAUGUCCAUAGCAUUUUAUAGCAAUAAAAUUCUCCGUGCACAUCAAAAAAAAUUCUGUAGUAACAUGUUGUUUUUAGGUUUGUUGGAUGAAUCGUUGUCGUUGUGCAUUAACUGCAAGGGUAGUGAAGUAUGUCUGUUUCAGGACAGAAAUUGUUUAAAAUGUUGUCUGCAGUUUGAAUUGCCUCAAGCACAAGGCCUCCUGUAAUGCUAAGAGUUUGUAGUAUAACAUUUUUCUUAAACCUGACCUGUUGUGAUGAGACAAAUGAUCACUGUAGUCAUAUAAUUGUCAUGUUUGUAACAAUUUCAGCAGUUUUGGUACUAAUCAACUUUUGCAAAUUAUAUAACAACUGACAGAUUGCAGUUCAAAGAUGUUCAGAAACAAAUAUAGUUUUAGAGUAAAAAUUACAGAAUUAAAGUUUUUUAAACCACACAAACAUAUAACCAAGUUAAUCAACAUUAUUUGGUUCUGGAAAUAUAGCAAUAUGAAAACCAACAAAUCUAUAUAUGUUGUAUAGCAUAACUCCUGCUGUAACCAUGGCUGGAUAAGAGCCAAAGCCAUGCCAAGACUGUUUUGUUUGGUGGGUGGAUCUCUGCAUUUGAAGCUGUAGUGAACUACUGUUUUGUUUUUAAUCAGUCUUAACGACUCUGUCUUAUGAUGUUUGUUGUUUUGCACAAUUAUUUGUCUGUCUUGUUUUAAAGUUUAAUUUAUUGGUGAAAAGCUGGUUCAGAGUGCAGUAAAUUGGAUGUGGUUAUACAAGUGCCUGGUGUGAGGACCUAAUGUGUGGCCAGCAUCUAUUUACUGAUUUUAUUUUUGAUUUUUGUUUUUAUUUAUAUCAUCUGAUAUGUAAUCAGUUUCAUCCUGUAUGUCAGUGACAUCUCUAAGUUGCACUUGUUGCCUAAGGAUAAUUUUUGAGCAGUAAAUGUCUGUUUUAUAUGAGCUCCCACCGAACUGCAUGUUAACUCUCAAUAAUACUUAUAUCUACAGCUGUGAAAAGAAAAUGACCUGUAAUAACUUGGUUAUUCUUUUCUUUUUUCUUUUUUUUUUCUAUGUUGGUAUGAGAUUUAAUACUGGCUACUUUGACAAGAGAGUGAUCUUGAAUAAAAGCAGAGUGGACACAGGGUUAUCAUGUAGCCGCUUUACACUGGAAGAGACCUGGCGAGUUCUUAUUACGACCAUUUAUUGCUUUAGGUGAAGGUAACACACUUUUUCUUAAAAUUUAAAACUGCUGUAUAAAUGAAGAAGUCAUUGUGAUGGUUCUGUACAUAUACAAGGUUACACCUUUUUAUCUGAUAUGUUUCUCUUUUCUGUAUAUUUGAGACAAUUUUCUUUGGGUUUGCCAAUAAAUUCAUGUUCCUCUA